AUGGCUGUAGAUGCGUGGGAUUUAAUUGAAAAGAAAACUUUAAACAAGGCUUGGAACAGAGUACUUAAUCGGGAGAAUGAAAAUUUAAUAACCAAUACGGAUGAUUCUAUUUUGGAGGAUAUAAAUGAGCUAAUGUUAAAAAUACAAAUAUGCCAGGAUUAUGAUGAAGAUGAUAUGAAAGAGUGGAUCACUUGUGACAGUAAUGAUCAAGGCUUUCAGAUUAUGUCGGAUGACAAAAUCGUAGAAAACAUAUUGCAGAUAAAUGAACAGCAGGAAAUGCAAGAAGAUCAAACAGAAGAAAAUAUAGACAUGGAAAAUGAUGCAGGACCAUCACAUGAUGAAGCACUUCAGGCCCUGGAAACGGCUCUCAAGUGGUUUCAAAAACAAACAGAGAGUGAUACUGUGAGUUUACUACAGCUCAAACGAAUUCGUGAUAUAGCAGCAAUAAAGAGAAAAAGUGGCUUACGUCAAAUGACAAUUACCAAAUAUUUUAAACGAAAUUAA